GUCUUCCCUUCCUGUUUUUAAGAUGUACAAACUAUAAACAAAGUAGUUAUUUUCAGUGUUGCAGAAGCUUUUAGUUUCCAUUUUAUCAUCCCAUUUCUUUGUGUCUACCUGUCCCAUAUUUGAACUUCUUUAUUAGCAUCGCCUCUUCUUUCUUUCUCCUUCCUUUUUCCAUUAUUAUUUCAAAAUCUGCGAGUAGUUUUUAGAAGUGAAUAAAAGAGAAUAGUUCCCUGAUUCCGUCUUUCCUUAACUAGAGCCAAAGGUUUUUAAGGCGGUGUUGGGUAAUUAUGGGACGAGGAAAGAUACCCAUCAAGCGGAUCGAGAACCAGACGACUCGACAAGUCACCUUCUCCAAGCGCCGAGCCGGGCUUCUGAAGAAGACUCACGAGCUCUCUGUGCUCUGCGAUGCUCAAAUCGGCCUCAUCAUCUUCUCCAGCACCGGCAAGAUGUGCCAAUACUGCACUGAACCUUACAGAAUGGAGCACAUCAUAGAAAGGUACCAGAAGGUCACUGGAACUCGCAUUCCUGAGCAUGACAAUCGAGAACAACUGUACAAUGAAUUGGCAAUGUUGAGGAAAGAAACCCGUCGUCUUCAACUAAGCAUGAGACGCUACACUGGUGAGGACACGAGCUGUAUUCCAUACGAAGAGCUUGAUCAACUUGAACAAGAACUAGAGCGCUCGGUCAACAAGGUCCGAGAACGAAAGAAUGAGCUCUUGCAACAACAGCUGGAUAACCUUCGAAGAAAGGAACGAAUUCUCGAGGAAGAAAACAACAACAUGUACCGAUGGAUUCAAGAACACCGAGCGGCAAUGGAGUACCAACAGGUAGGGAUAGAAGGAAAGGCAGUGGAGCAUCAGAAAAUGCUUGAUGAAUUCCCCUUCUAUGGAGGAGGAGAACCCAGUAGUGUGCUUCAGCUUGCAACUAAUAUUCCUCAACAAUUCUCCUAUCAGCUCCAGCUUGCUCAGCCCAACCUUCAAGACUCAAAUCUCUAGUUUCUGCAGCCAAUCAUCACCGUUUAGCCAUCAUGUAUCAAGCAUCUGCAUUCGGGGUCAAGUUUGAUGUUCUUAUAAAACCUACAAGAGACGCAUUUGUGAUAUAUCUGGUUUAGGGUUUGUGCUUUCUUUUCAUGUUUGUCGUGUUAAACAUUCAACUAAAGAUUAAAUACUCCUUCCCGUGUGUUUCUGAAUGCUU